AUGGCCGCAGAGCGAGACCGCGACGCGAAGAUCGAGGCCAUCAAAGCAAAAAUCCGCGAGAUAAACUCCAAGGUCCAUCGAGCCACGAGUUCGGCCUCCGAAAUAGAUCGUGUCUUGCAGGAGACGCAAAACACGCCAUUCACGCACCGAAUCGCCUCUACUCCUUUCCGCCACAUCAGCAAAGUGAAACUCUCACCAUACGCCGGAGAUACCGAUCCCACACAGUAUCUAACGGCGUUCACCAUCGCCAUGGGACGAGCUCACUUCACGCCCGAAGAGCGCAAGGCCGGACACUGCCAACUCUUUGUGGAAAACUUGGUCGGUCCCGCCCUGACUUGGUUCUCCAGGCUGGAAACACACUCGAUCGAUAGCUUCAAGGCGCUCUCAACCGCCUUCCUCAAACAUUAUUCCAUGUUCAUCCAGCGUUCUGCCUCAACCGCCGAUCUCUGGGCCUUGAGCCAGGGACUGAAAGAAUCUCUCCGGUUGUUCAUCGAGCGUUUCAAAGCGACGGCCUCCCGCGCCUCAGUAUCGGACGAGUCCGCCAUCCCAGCCCUGAGGAAGGCCCUCCACUUCGACUCGGCCUUCAAGGACGAACUAAAGCUCAAUAUGCCGCACACUCUGGAAGACGCAUUACACCGCGCCAGGCUACAUAUCGAAGUCGAAGAGGAGAGGGCAAGUCUUAAGAAGCUCGCUUCCCAGAAAAACCCACCUCAAAAGGAAAAAGUUCAGGACGAAUACCAUGAAUCCCGCCAGCACUACGACGAGGAAUACCAGCGCAGGCAGGCCGCAACAUUUCUCGUCAGCGACGCGCCGACCUCAUGUCUCGUCGAAGAAGCUUCAGCUGUCUUCCAUGUAGACAGCUCCCAUUGCACAGUCGACACGCAGUACAACCAACCUGGGACGGUUGUACCCAACUCAUUGCAGCAGUACUAUCAACAGACUCUCCCAUCAAACAAAUGGUAUCGAACCGUCGAGGCAUCGCCCCCGGCCCAGGCCGUCCAAGAGCGAGCCGCCACGCCCGCUACCAGAGACAACCAGGCGUUCUGCGAAUACCACCAGCUGAAGGGACACUCAACCGAGCAGUGCCGCAAACUUCAGGAAGCACUCCUCGCUCAGUACCAGAAGGGGGAAAUUAGAGUCCCCGACCAGCAGCAGCCGCGCGGCCGAAGUCAAAAUGAUAACCGGCGUCGUCAAGACAACCGAGCUCAGCAUGACAAUCGCCGCUAG